AUGCCUCAUAGAAGCUCAAUCACACUAGAAUAUCAUCGGUUGGGGGAGGGUGAACGAGUCGGUCACCUUGCCGUAAACGCCAGCCCGCCGCCCGGUGCAUUUUCCAUUCAUCUGAGCACGUUCCUAUCCAGGUUGCAAAGGCUCGCAAGCUCUGCUCUAAAGAAUCUCAAAUCUCAUAGUCGCCAGGCGAAGAUGCUUCACAUGUCGUGCAGUGACGUCGCUGCCCAGACUUCAAAACCACCUCAUCUGAACGCUUCCAUCGCAGACACUCCAACUCCGCUCAACCUACCACAAGAGCUCUUUUGGAUAGAUUUAUUUUUAGAAUAUCAUUCUCCUAUUGACCUAUUAGGGCGCUAUUCCCCCUUGCUCCCCUACUUCUCUGCAUCAAAGCACCAUGUCCACCUCCACCGGAGAGGGGUCUGCAGUCCCCGCCGCGAGUCGAGGAUCCUGGUCUUCUUUCCUCAAGGCAAGUUAAACAGUUGCUUGUUGCCCGCUGUCUCAAUUGCUUCGUUCAACGGCGACCUUUCCUCCCUUACCGCCCCUCCCUUCAUUCUCUCCGGCACCUCGCUCGUCGAAUACUCCGCUUACUGGGCUGAACACCCAGCGCUCUUUGUUGCACCAGCAAAGGAGCCGGACCCGGCAAAGAGAGCGUUGCUGGUGCUGAAGUGGUUCUUGAGCACACUGCACCAGCAGUAUGCGACCAGAAGCGAGAAACUUGGGAGUGAGAAAAAGCCGCUGAAUCCGUUUCUGGGUGAGCUGUUUCUAGGCAAAUGGGAUCACGAGGAUGCUGGAGAGACAGAACUGUUUAGUGAACAAGUCAGUCACCAUCCGCCUGUGACAGCAUAUUCGAUUGAAAAUGGAAAGCAUGGUGUUGAGUUACAAGGCUACAAUGCACAGAAAGCUUCGUUCUCAAGUACCAUCAACGUAAAACAAAUCGGACAUGCAAUCUAUUCGCUGCCCACUCCCAACACAUCCGCUGCCGAACGCGAGACUUACUUAAUCACGCUGCCUUCCCUGCAUAUCGAGUCCCUAAUAUACGGCACGCCCUUUGUUGAAUUAGAUCGCUCGAGCCAGAUCGUUAGCUCCACGGGUUACAUUGCCAAAAUCGAUUAUUCCGGGAAAGGUUGGUUGAGCGGGAAAAAGAACACGUUCAGCGCAAUCUUAUACCAUGAAAGCGAAGGGGAAACGAACCCUAUUUACACCGCGAAUGGCCAGUGGUCGAAGGAGUUUGUACUCAAAGAAGCAAGGGGCAAGAAGCUUGAAAUUGAAAAGUACAACGUCAAAACCAUGACCACUACGCCCCUUAGCCUCGCAAAACUGGAAGACCAGGAUAUCUACGAGUCUCGACGCGCCUGGAGGGAUGUUGCCGAAGCCAUCGACCGCGGCGAUAUGGAUGCAACCUCUGUCGCAAAGACCAAAAUAGAAAAUGCCCAGAGAGAAUUACGCAAGAUAGAGCGGGACGAAGGCCGGGAGUGGGAGCGCAGAUUCUUUCGGCGGGUGGAAAUUGAGGAAGAUAAAGUGUUCACAAAGCUGCUAGGCAUGCUGGGAGUAACCGGUCCUGCUGGCGUUGCCAUCGAAAGCGACAAGACCAACGGCGUUUGGCGGUUCGAUCCGGAUUUGGCGAAGAAUGCGGCUCCGCCGUAUCAUACUGAUGGAGGCAGAGGACUCGGACUUGCGCUUGAACCCAGUGUCGAAUAG